AUGCGCCCGAUUUCGAGAGCCGCCCUGCGGCCGUAUGUCUGCCCGUCAUGCAGACAUGGCGUUGGCGCUGGCCGGCGACGAUUUGGCACCACAGGAAGCCAAGCUCCGGAAAUCUACGAUGUGGUUUGCGUCGGGGGUGGUCCGGCAGGCCUGGGACUUUUGGCAGCACUUCGUGCUUCUCCCGUUACAUCAAAGCUGAAGGUCGCCCUCGUUGAAAGCCAGGAUCUCCGCAAAGCCCGCAGCUGGAAUCUCGAUUCGAGCCAGUUUUCCAACCGCGUUAGCAGCUUGACACCAUCUUCCGUAGAAUUCUUGCGCAAUAUUGGUGCGUGGGAGCAUCUUGACACCGAGCGGGUGCAGGAUUAUCAAGACAUGCAGGUGUGGGAUGGCGAGACGGGAUCGCGAAUAUCGUUUGACUGGUCUAUGGAGACCUCUCCAUUUGAAGAGAUGCGCACAGUCGCCACAAUGACAGAGAACGCCAAUCUCGUGCGCGGCCUGCUCUCUCGCAUUGAGGCCUCCGGUGACGAGAACCUGACUCUGUUCUCCAACACCACCGUUGCCUCUAUCGAGAACGGAUCCGACCUCCAGACCGAGGGACCCGAUCUCUCCGCCUGGCCCGUCCUUUCCGUUGCGCCUACCGGCGCCGGAAUGCAGUCGCAGUCGCCAUCUCGCAUUGCUGCCAGGCUUCUUAUUGGUGCGGACGGGAUCAACAGCCCUGUUCGCUCGUUCGCCGAUAUCAGCACACAGGGAUGGGACUAUAACCGGCACGGCGUUGUCGCAACCCUUGCCCUCGGUGAAUCAGACAAACCUACAUUCCCUGCCAAUGCGCGCACAGCCUACCAGCGCUUCUUGCCCUCACUCGGCGGACCAAUUGCUCUACUUCCCCUCCCGAACAACCAUGCCACCCUCGUCUGGUCCACGACACCGGAAAACGCAGCCUACCUAAAAUCCCUCCCAACCCCCGCCUUCCUGGCCAUGGUCAACGCCGCUUUCCGCCUCUCCAUGACCGAUCUCAAAUACAUGAUCAGCAUGGAGCGUUCCUCCGACCAAUUCUCCCACGAGGACGAACUUAUCUGGCGCCUCCAGCACACCCCGCAAGAAUUGCAGCCACCUUCCGCCAUCGGCGUGCAAGAAGGAACCGUCGCUUCUUUCCCGCUUCGCUUCCGUCACGCCUCGCAGUAUAUUUCGCCGCGCGUCGCUCUGGUCGGAGACGCGGCACACGUUAUCCACCCGCUCGCCGGACAAGGUCUGAACCUUGGCCUUGCAGAUGUGGCUGCACUCUCGCGGACUAUAGAGUACGCCGUGGCUCACGGCAUGGAUAUUGGCGAUCUGCUCACUCUCGAGCGCUACUCUUCCGAGCGGUAUCUCCCUAAUGCUAAGAUUGGUGGUGCUUGUGAUCUGCUGCAUAAGAUGUACACCAUUCCCGGGCAAGGACCUAUUACCUGGGCCCGGAGUCUGGGCUUGGAUGUGAUUGAUCGGUUACCUUUUGUCAAGUCGUUCUUGAUGAAGAAUGCUGAGGGGUAUUAG